UGGUUAAAAGGAGGUGCUUACACUGAAGAGGAUAAUCCAAAUGGUCUUGCUGAUCGUUCCGAUUUUGUUAUUUUGUUUCCGGAAUAUAGAGAGCAAUACUUGAAAGAGCAUUUUACUGUAAUAGAAUCAACUUUGGGUGCAUCACCAUUUUACUUGAAAACAACACUGAAUUGCAAGGAAGGAAAGAUUAUUAUAGAAACCACAGAAAGAACAUUUGAUCCAUUUAUUAUUUUCAAAGGUAGAGAUUGCUUACAAUUGGUUUCAAGAGGAGUGGCAUUUGAAGAAGCUAAAAGAGUUCUUGAGGAUAACGUUUUUUCUGAAGUAAUGAAGAUUGGAAAUCUCUGUAGAAAUAAGGAGGUUUUUACAAAGAGAAGACAGAGACUUUUUGGACCAGAUGGUUCUACUUUGAAGGCUCUCCAACUUUUGACAGGUUGUUUCAUAUUUAUUCAAGGUAAAACUGUUAGUGUUAUUGGAGAAGUCAAUGGAAUCAAGCUCGUAUCUGAGGUGAUUACCGACUGCAUGAAUAAUAUCCAUCCAAUCUAUCACAUCAAACAGCUCAUGGUUAAAAAGGAAUUGAAAAACAGCUCUGAAUAUGCAAACGUAUCAUGGGAUAAAUAUUUGCCAAAGUUUAAAAAGACUGUGAACAAGUCAAUUGUCAAAAAAAAGAAAAAGAAAAUUCAAAAGAAAGAAUAUACACCAUUUCCAAACGCACCUGAAAAGAGUAAGAAGGAUAUUGAAAUUGAAACUGGUGAAUAUUUCUUAUCAAAAGAAGAAAAGCAACUUAAGCAAGUUUCUGAAAGAACUGAAAAACAAAAAGAAAAGAAGGAAGAAAAGAAGAAACAACAAGACAAGCUAUAUGAAGCUCCAAAAGAGGAAAAUCCAAAGAAGAGAAAGCACCAAAAUGACGAAAAUAAU